AUGCGGGCACAGCUCGAACGGGCCGAGCGCAGUCAUUUACAUGAGGAGUCAAAUCACAAGGGCAUCGCGCAAACGAGAGGACGCGAACAAGUUCACUUAAGCAUCAGCUUGACCCCCUCCAAACUUGCCAAGAAACAGCCACCAUCACCACGGCGUAUCCGCAACCGUGAGGAAGGAAGCACAAGCGUCACCUCCCGUUCUAGACCCCACACAACUGCUCACAACAGCGAGUCUGCCACGCUAGCCCUGAUCUUGCAGCGCCUAACAGCAAUAGAACAACGGGAUGCCAAUCCACGAUGCCAACCAGUGUUCGCAGCCAGGCCAGGCCCAUUCACUACGAGAGUAAUGAACACCGUGCGUCCUUCUCAAUCCAAGAGCCCAAAAAUCACGCCGUACACAAGCGAAGGCGAUCCAUUCCGGCACAUUGAUAACUUCAAAAAAGUCACUGCCAGUAGAGAAUUCGACGACGCCACCUUGUGCCACCUAUUCAGCGAAACACUAGAUGGGGAUGCCAUGAAUUGGUUCUUCGAACAACCGGCGAACUCUAUGGAUUCCUUCACGCAGUUGACCAUAGCAUUUCUUAAUCGGUUUAUCCUCAUGGCCGGAGCCGCCCACACAACUGAUGGCCUAUUUCAAGUAAAACAAGAGAACAUGGAAACAUUGGGCACCUUCGUCAUGCGAUGGCAGACAGCAGCAUCCAAAUGUUGGAACCUGAACAAAACGCUCGCCUUGACCGCUUUUAAGGAGGGACUACGGUCAGAAAACUUCUUGUUCCACAUCAAUGUGGACCCUCGAAUGCGCAGUGCCACAUAUGAUGACAUCAUGACUGAAGCAGUACGAUACGCUCAGGCAGAAUACGUCACAUACGGAGAGAAGCGGACCCCAGUACCAUCAGACAAAACCACUGUGCCGCAGACAUCUACACACACGACUACCCUCCAGCGCGAGCUCUUCCCUAACACAGAAGACCAUAGCAAAGGCAGGAAAAGAGAGUGGCAUCAAGCCAAUCACCGUGAUGCGCGCAACAACGAUCGGCAUAGAGGCCGGGACAAGAACAGGAGACUUGACCAUAAACGUCGCGACAACAGAGAACCUCGCCAAGUUAACGCAAUGGAACGCCGUAGUGAACACACACCGCCUAGGGAAGAGACCCUGGAAGACUUUUUCCACAAACAUCAGGGCACGCUGAGGAAACCAGCAAGACCACUACGCCCCCAAACCGAAGCAGAAACUGGUAAGUGGUGCAGGUUUCACGAAAAUGGAAGCCAUAACACGAAUGAUUGCCGCACCCUCCGCAUACUAAGAGCCAAUGGCGACACGGGGUUCGCCUGGCGCAGCAAAGGGUACAGCAGAAGGCAGGUGUACGCCAUCACAGGAGGAAACGCUAAGCGACAUAAGGAGGGAUGGAAACCGAUCACCUUCACUGAGGAAGAGGAAAUUGGCAUCUCCUUACCCAAUGACGACGCUUUCCUCAUAUACGCAAUCUUGGGCGGACAGUGGGAUGUAGGGAAGAUGAUGAUCGACGCGGGAUCCACAGUCAACGUCCUAUUCAAGGGUUGCUACGAAAAAAUGGAGCGUAGCGGCAAGAAGUUGGUACAAGACCACGAACCGCUAAUCAGCUUCUCUGGUGACAUAACCCAACCCCUAGGCUCGGAUUAUAUGACAGUACGCAUUGGGACCGCACCACGCACAGUUUGCGUCGAAGCUGAGUUCAUCAUAGUCGAUGCCUACAGCUCCUACAACGGGAUCAUCGGCCGACGUACACUUAACCGGAUGCGAACUUUCAUCGCCGGACACAUGAUGCUCAUAAAAUUCCCAACUCCGCACGGAACAUGA